AUGGAAUGUACGAAGGAACAAAUCGAACAGAAACGGUUAGCAGCUUUGCAGAAAAGAUUGGCUAAAAAUAAUAGUCAGAACCCUCAUACGUCCCAACCCCAAAAACCGUCAGAUCAACAAGAACAUUUAAAACAGGGGCAGUCAAAAAGCAAUUCUGCACAUACUUUUCAUCCAUACUCAAGGCCAAAUAGUAGCAAACAGCCUACUACGACGCUACCAGUAUCCAAUGUUGUCACAGGAUCCGUAUAUUUGAUAUCUGAAGACAGAUUUGAAGUGAGCAUGUCAGAAUUCUGUCCUCCACUUAUAAAUAUCUUCAAAACUUUAAGAACAAGGUCAUUUGAUUCAAAUACUAAGCUGUGGAAUUUUGCAAUGAGUGAUUAUGAGAUUCUCAUGUCCAAAGUUUCACCUCUUGCACCACAUAUUGUGAUAGCUCCUCUACCGGCAUUUGUUUUGAAGAUUCUCAAUGAUCCUGUAAUCGAUCAUAGUGCUGUGGAUUUAACACCAAUCGAAGCUACACUUAGAAAUAAACUGUUACCAUUCCAGGAAGACGGUGUCAGAUUUGGAAUAGCGCAUAAAGGUAGAUGUCUUAUAGCCGAUGACAUGGGACUCGGAAAGACUUUUCAAGCUCUUGCUAUAGCUAGUUACUACCGACACGACUGGCCCUUACUGAUUGUCACUACUUCUUCAAUGAGAGAAACAUGGCAAAACAAAAUCAGCGAGCUUCUGCCAUCAGUGCCUCUAGUGAACAUAGCUACAUUAACAAGUAACAAAGAUGUUAAUUUUGUUUCUGAUAAACAGGUAGAGGUCGUUAUAGUUAGUUAUAAGAUAAUAAGUCUACACACAGAUCUUUUGAAACAGAAGAAGUUUGGAUUCGUUAUAGUCGACGAAUCUCACCACCUCAAAUCUCCCAAGGCUCAAUGUACGGGCGCCCUGUUCAAGCUGUGUGUUCAGGGUCGCGCGGUCUUACUCAGCGGGACGCCCGCCCUUAGCCGGCCAGUCGAGCUCUACACACAGCUGUCUCUAUUAGAGCCGAGGCUGUUCACUUACACCGAAUAUGGUAAAAGAUAUUGCGAUGCAAAACAAACAAAUUUCGGUUGGGACAUGACCGGCAAGUCGAACUUAGCGGAGCUGCUCGUUAUAUUACAAAGAAGAUUCCUCAUACGACGCACGAAAGAACAAGUCUUAAAUCUAGAAGAGAAGACUCGUGAGACCGUUAUCUUGGAUCAGUCGCUGUUGAAUUAUUCUAAAGAGCAGCAACAAGGACUCAGUCAGAUGGCUGAGAAGUUCAAGAACUCUAAAUCAUCAGAAAAACACGUGGCUAUGAUACAGUACUUUAAUGAAUCAGCGGCUAUUAAGAUGCCGGCUGUGUGUAAAUACAUAAGACAGUUACUGAAGGAGAGCAGUAAGUUCCUAGUGUUCGCUCACCACAAGAACGUGAUCGAGUCCAUCUGUGACACUCUGGACGAACAGCGAGUGAACUACAUAAGGAUCGUUGGCUCCACGCCCACACACGUACGGACGGACCUGGUGGAUAAAUUCCAGCAUAGUGAGUCUUGUCGCUGCGCCGUAUUGUCCAUAACUGCUGCUAACGCCGGCCUCACGCUGACUGCAGCGGAUCUUGUCAUAUUCGCUGAACUACACUGGAAUCCAGGAAUUCUGAUCCAAGCUGAGUCCCGCGCUCACCGUCUGGGCCGCGCGGGCUCCGUGUGUGUGAGGUAUCUAUUGGCGCGAGGAACAGCUGACGACUACAUGUGGCCGCUACUACAGACCAAACUUAAUGUACUCAACGAUGUAGGUCUGAGUGGAGACAAUUUCGAAGACACGAAAAUGAAACACCAGGACACCAAAAACAACAUAAUACAAUACAUGUCGCCAGUCAGAAACAAAAACGAAUACAUACCAGGUACGAAUAUAAAGAAGGCAUCGCAAGAACAAACGGAAAAUACACAAUCACAGACAGACUCUCAAACUACCCUACACGGUAUAAGCAAACUGACUCUACUGAGUCCGGAGAAAAAUAGUUCAGAAUCAAAUACUUAUGGAGUGGACUCUGAUGACAAGUUUAUGGAUAACGAUGAAGAUGAUGAGAUACUGGCUGAUAUAGAUCUGGAUAUAUAA